AUCUGACUCUCUGUUUAAGAAAAAAAGAGAGAUAUAAAAAGGGAUCCACAAAAGAGAAUUUUGACAAUCAUCAUCUUUUCUACUUUCAUCCAAAGCAAGAAUGCGAAGCUUAACUUUUCUUACGAUUGCCACUAUCAUUGCCUUUGUUGGUUUCUCCAAAGCUGCUGAUGCUGAUACUCAAUCAAACAAGAUCCAUGUUACUCAAGAGAGUCUUGAAAAGCGCUCUCCUAGUUUUGGUGUCAUCAACCACUUGGCCUGUCCUCCAGGAUACGUUAAAGGACGUGAUGGUAAAUGCAACAGGGCUACUCAGCUUGGAAAACGCUCUCCUACUCUUGGUAAUGUUGGCUACUUGAGAUGCAAGCCCGGAUACGUUCAAAAAGCCAAUGGUGAAUGUUACAGGGUUGCUCAGUUUGAACAACGUUCUCUUCCUUCUGAAGGCCAGCUUGAAGGCCCUGAUGGCGAACGCUAUGGCAAUGAGGCUACUAUUCAUAAGCGUCGUUGGAGAGGUGGACGUUUUAAAUCUUUGCACAACAGAUUGAUCAAGGCCUAUAUUCCCAAGAAGCCCACCAAACCUGUGAACCCCACACAACCCGUAAAUCCUGAGCCAAAAAACUCUACUCCUCCUCUUGUUUCCGAUAACAACGCUUCUGGAACUAAUGCUGCUGGUACUAAUGCU